AGGGCGGCCGCCGAGAAGCGCCGAGCAGGGCCCGGCGAGGCGAGGCGAGGCGGAGCGGGCAGCCGCGCUCAUGCAGGGCUCGGCGCGGAGGCGCGCUGCGGCCGCGGGCUCCUCGCCGGGCAGGCAUGGAUCGUCCAAAGAGGAAGAGGUCUGCAGGAAUUCCCAGUUCCAUUUCGAUUUGUGGUUCUACUUCACCCUGCAGAACUGGGUGCUGGACUUUGGCCGCCCGAUUGCUAUGAUCUUGCUUCCGCUAGAAUGGUUCCCGCUGAAUAAGCCGAGUGCCGGAGACUAUUUUCACAUGGCUUACAACGUCAUCACCCCUUUUCUUCUUCUGAAGCUCAUCGAGCGGUCCCCCAAGGCCCUCCCCCGGUCCAUGGUAUACAUCAGCAUCAUCACCUUCGUCAUGGGAGCCAGCAUGCACUUGGUGGGCGAUUCCGUCAAUCACCGGCUGAUCUUCAGCGGCUAUCAGCUCCACCUGUCAGUCCGAGAGAACCCCAUCAUCAAGAACCUCAAGCCCGAGACGCUGAUCGACUCCUUUGAACUGCUGUACUACUACGACGAAUACCUCGGCCAUUCCAUGUGGUACAUCCCCUUCUUCCUCAUUCUGUGUAUCUAUUUUUCUGGCUGCUUCAUUCCCAAGAAAGAGGAGCCAAGGAUCCCGGUAGCAGCCGUGCUGCUUAUUGGGCCCAGCAGCCUCUACUACUGGUAUCUUGUCACUGAAGGUCAAAUCUUCAUCCUCUUCAUUUUCACCUUCUUCGCCAUGAUGGCUUUGGUGAUGCACAAGAAGCGGAAGGGCUUGAUCCUAGACAGUAACGGCCGUUUCCUCUUCUACUCGUUCAUUAUAACGCUGGUGUUGAUUGCCCUGUGGGUAGGAUGGCUCUGGAACGACAAGAUCCUCCGGAAGAAAUACCCGGGCAUCAUCUACAUUCCCGAACCGUGGGCUUUUUAUACUUUGCACCUGAAUAAUUUGCAGUCUCCAAUGGAAGAGAACAUUUAACUUUUUGGAUACCUUUUGAAAACGUGCUCCGAGGGGCCCGUUCUGUUGGGAGCAUUUUCUUUGCAAGCCCCGUUGAAUAGAAUAGGAUUUGUACAUGGGACGAGGAGGAACUUUUUCCUCCCUAAUUCAAUGGCUGAUCCUGAUGUGGCUUGAUCCUUUGCAAGUUUACUUGUAAAGAAGUUAUGCUGAGUGCUUUGGGGGUAUAAUCGAUUAAGCCCGUAUGGGGACGCAGCCUUUGUCAUGGAGCGUUUGGGUUGUAGGGAGAAUAUUCACCAUCUGUUAUAUUCUGCCAUUGAAUUUUAAAAGUCAGUUUGCUUGAA